CCAUGAUUGAGGUUGUGAACGAUAGGCUACGAUGAAGAUUGUUAACGUGGUUCUGCUGCUCUGUCUGUCUGUGACACGGGGCCAGGGAGACGGCACAGGGGGCCUAAAGAACAACAACAAGAACCAUCUCGGUAAACCACAAACAGGAGGCUGCAUGAGCGAUGAUGCCAUCCUGACUGAACUGAAGGCUCUGAGAGACAUGGUGGUGAAACAGAGGGUCCAGCUGUCGGUCACCCAGAGACAGAUGGAAAAGAUGAGAAAAGACAACGCAGGCAGACCAAAGGUGGCAUUCUACACGGCUCUAACUAAUUCAGGACAUGUUGGGCCCUUCAACACUGAAACACCACUGGUCUAUAGCAAAGUCUUCACCAACAUAGGCAACGCCUACAGCCCAGCAACAGGUGUGUUCACAGCUCCAGUGAGAGAAGUGUACUACUUCAGGUUUACUGCUUUGGGGUACAGUAGUCCUAGAACGGUGGCAGGAGUAAACAUGUUCAAGAACAACCUCCAGAUCAUGCACAACGGUGUCUACAAUACCGAUGGCCAACAUAAAUUUGUGGUAAAUGCUGUCACUGUAGAGCUGGUUAAGGGAGAUAGGAUUAUGAUGCGUCUUCCAUCAGGCUACCGCCUGUAUGAUGAUAGUAGUAAUUAUAGCACCUUCAGUGGUUUCCUUCUCUUCCCCAUGUAAAACACUCUGCCCAGGCUCAUGACCCAGAGUUUAAUAAAGCUGAUAUUCCACCCUUGACCCCUGUAUUAAUUCAAAAGUGACCACGAGACUGGUGGAGAGAUGAUAUGGUGAUAAAUGUGUGGGCUGUCAGCAUUGUUGACAUGUUUAUUUGGAGCAAAGAUUAAGAUUUAUAAAUGAUG